AUGAAAAUAUAUUUGUAAGACACCCUAAAUCUCAAUAAAAAAUUCAUAAGGAUGAUUAUUUUAAGUCAAUUAAUAUUAAGUGUGUCUACUUAGACAUUGGUGUACUCAAAUUUUUUUGGGGAUUUUUCAUACUCAAAUGGUAUCAUAUUUAAUUAUAAUUUAGAUUGGUAUAUUUAUGGUGGUAAUGGAGGGGAAUAUUAACUUUGUGGGUCUACUAAAAUUUUUGGAGGCUCUCCAUUAUUUUACAGAGAAACUCAUAUUAUUAAAACAUUCAAUUUGUAGCCUCACUAUUAAAUUCGAUUUUCAUUUAAAUUAUGGCAGUAAGAUAUUUUAAUUAAAUAAAGUCUUGAUAAUUGGGGUGGAGAAUAAUUGAUAGUUUAUGUAGAUAAUGUAUUGGCACAUAGUCAGUCAUAUAGUUCAGAAUAUUCUAGACCAAGUAUUUGUGGAAUUCAAAGUUCAGCUUAUGGUGAUGGUAUAGAUGAUGUUUCUGAAGUAAUGCUUCAUUCUAGUUCCACUCUUCAAAUAAUAAUUAAUGGUUAAGAAAAUUACUGGGGAAUAUCAGAGUUUUAAUUAAUGAUUGAUAAAUGUCCUACUGGUUGCGAAUUAUGUAAUUCAAGUUCAUGCUUAUUAUUAAAAUUAUACAUAAAAAAAUUAAAUCCAAUAAACCUUGAUAGUUCAUAUGGUUGGAUUUAUGAUAAUCUAAAUGAAAAUACAUACUAAACAUGUUUAGGUAUUUAUAUAAAUUAAUUAAAGACUAAAAUUAUUUGAAAUCCUCAUCAAAUCAAUUAACAAAUGCCAUUUAAUUACCCAGUCAUGAUAGAGUAGCUAUACGAAUAAAAGUUAUGACUUUUAAUUCAGAUCCUCAUUUUGUGUAGAUUUACAUUGAUGAUAUACUAGUAUAAACUAGUAAUUAAUCAAAAUAAGUAUAUACUAAAAAAGUAAUUUGCGAUGUUAUGACCUUAAGUUCAAUUUAAAUUUUAGAUUAUAUACAUAGUCAUUCUACAUUAAAAAUCUAAGUAAUUGCUACAAUGAAUAGUAAAUAUUAUUGCGAUUCCACUAUAUAUUCAAAUUGUUAAUAAAUAUUAGGUAUAAAUGAUUUUGAACUUUUCAUUCAUCGUUCUAUUUAAUUUGAACAUAUAUGUACUGAUUUCAACAUAAACCCAUUUGAUGGAUGUUUUUCAAACAUCUAUGAUUGUGUAGUAGGAUGUAAAAAUUGCAUAAAUGGUAUAUGUAUCAAAUGCAAUAAUGGAUGGGAAUAUUAAUAAUCUAUAAAGAAAUGUGUUCCAAUUUGUGGAGAUUCUAUAAUCACUCAUUUAGAAGAAUGUGAUGAUGGAAAUAUGAUUCCUUAUGAUGGGUGCUAUAGAUGCAAAUUUUCUUGUUAAAAGUUUUGUGGAAUAUGCAAAUUUGGUAAGUGUUUAUAAUGUUAAACAGAAUAUAAAAUGAUUUAAAACGAAUGUAGAUUUAUGAACAAUUAUUAUGAAAGUUCUGAAAAUAUAGAAAAUUUCGAGUUUAAUAAUUAAAUUACAAAUUUUAUAUCAAAAGGAUUUUAUUAGCAUGCUUUAUUGAAGGAUGAAUUUACUAUUCAUAGGAAAAUAAAAUAAUUAGAUUGCAAUGUAUAAUCUUAUGGAAUAUUUGGAUAUUAUUAUAAUUAAUGUAGUAUUGAAACAAUUAGUAAUUGUAAAUUGCAAUUAUUUGAUAAAUGUUUAAAAUGUUAACCAUUCUACUAUUUAUAAUCUAAUGAAAAAGAAUGCCACCCAAUAUGUGGGGAUGGUAAAACAGUUUUUAAUGAAAUAUGUGACGAUUAGAAUAAUUUUUAAUUUGAUAAUUGUUAUAAGUGUGAAUUAAGUUGUUAAUUUGAAUGUAAAUAAUGUAAUCAACAUGAAUGUUUAGAAUGCAUUGAUGGAUGGUCAUUAAUAGAUAGAAGAUGUCAUUAAAUAUGUGGAGAUGGUAUUGUAGCAUUAAAUACAUUUGAAUAAUGUGAUGAUGGCAAUUAUGAACCUAAUGAUGGAUGCUAUGAAUGUAAAUUUGAGUGUGAUUAAAAUUGUUUUUUUUGCACAGGUUUUGGAGUUUGUAUGUCUUGCAUAGAAAACUUUUAAUUGAUUAAUUAGAGUCAUUGUAUUCCUAUUUGUGGAGAUGGAAUUAUUAUUGAAGGCCUUGAAGAAUGUGAAGAUCAAAAUGAUACUAAAUAUGAUGGUUGUUAUUAAUGUUAAUUUUAAUGUGAAAUUAAUUGUACAAAAUGUUUUUAAGGAAUUUGUCAAGAUUGUAUUGAUGGAUACGAAUUAACACUAAAUGGAUGCUCUAAAAUAAUUAUCAUUUAUGAAGAUGAUACAGAUAUUGUUGAUUAAAGUUUUGUAAUUAAAAAUCUAUGUGGCAAUGGAUAAUUAUAAGAUAAUGAAUAAUGUGAUGAUUAGAAUUAAGAAAAUUUUGAUGGUUGUUCAAAUAAUUGUGAAAUUGAAAAUAAUUGGAUUUGCAACCAAGAUGAACCAAGUAGAUGUUUUUAAAUGACAUUAUUAUUGCUAUCAUAUUUAAACUAAACAUACGAUAAUUAAUAUGUCUAAUUAUCAUUUUCAAAUCCUGUUAAAUUAAAAAUACCAUCUCAAAUUUUUUAAAAAACAAUUAUUACACAAAUCAAUAGUUUAAAAUAAGAUUAAUAUAAUAUUACUAUUUAUCCUGUAAUUAACUUUGAUGAAGCUUAAUUUACUGCAGUUAAGUUUGAAUUAAAAAUUACUAUUUUUCAAUCUAUUUAAAUCAUACCAAAUUUAUCUGUCACUUUUAAUACAUCAGUGAUUGACUAAAAUAAUUUAUUAGUAGAAUAAUCACCAACUAUAUUGAUACUUUAAUAACCUUAAGUUUUAGAUAGUUCUUAAAUAAAUGCUGCUAAUUAAUUUUAAGAAUUUGGCAAUAAAAUGAUGAUGGGGUUAGGAAUCAUUUCUUUAUUAAUGCUGUUGUUAGGAAAACCUAAUUUAAGCUUAGAAAUAUUCGAUACUUUACAAUUUUAAUCAUAUCUAAAAUUUGUAAAUGUUUAAUACCCUUAAAAUCUAAAAAUAUAUUUUUAAUCUUCUGAAUUUGUAACUAUAAAUCCUGUAUUGACUAAUUUUAAAAUUGCUGGCUUUCUAGAUUCAACAAUAGGUGCUAAUUACAUUUAAAGCUAUGGAAAGCUUUCCGAAUAUGAAGUAAAUGCUGAUUUAUUUACAAAUAUUAAGGGUUAGAUCGUAUAAAUAUCAAUCAUUCUUUUCUUAUUUGUUUUUGCAAAGUUGUAUCAUAAAGUUUUUGUCAAUUACUGUUUUACUUCCAGAUAUUUCUAUUGCAUUAGAUCAACCAAUUCAAAAUGUUUUGAGUUUUUUGCUCUUAAAUACUACUAUAUGAAUAAAAAAUUAAUAGGCAUUAAGAAUAUAUUUAAAAUGAGAGGAUUUCGAUAACUUUUUUAUGCAAAUAGUUGGGAUUUACUUUUUAAAGUAAUUUUGUUUUUGACAUCUAAUCACUAAACAGGAUAUAGAAUAGUCUUAUCCUAUCUUUUUUGCAUAUUUUGUUUGAUCUUAGUUUUUUAUUUUCUCUCUAUGCACUUUUAAAGAUAAUAGGGCAAAAUUAUUUUAUCAAAUGUUAGAAAUGAUUAACAUGAAGGAAUCAUUUUAUUUAAAAAAUUAUUAUUUAUUGUAAUUUUGAUUGCAUUAUAGAAUACAGAUACUUUUUAAUGUUUAAUGUUAACAAUUUUAACAUUCAGUUAUAUUGGGUUGAUUUUGUCAAUCAAAUUUGUAAAUUAAAAAUUAGAUUUAAUUAUCACUAUUUGGAUGGAAGCACCUGUAAUGUUAUUUACAAUUUCAAGUAUAUUCCAUUGUUUUGAUUUUUAAUAACGUUUAAGUCUUGAUUAAUAAGUUCUCUUAGGUUUUGGGUAGAUUGGAAUAUUAUUACUUGGAUUAUUUGGACCUAUUUUAAGAUUUAAUUAUCUUUUGUAUAAAUAAAUCAGAACUUAUUUUUAAUUAAGAAAAAACAAGCAGCAAAUUAAGAUAAUAAAUUAAUCUAAUUUAUUUGCUGUAGUAGAUAUUUGA